UUCUGAGAGCCUUGCUCCUUGCCAACAUCAUGGAAGAUGGGGAAGGUCUACAGCUUUUCUUGCAGCAGCUUCUUAAAGACCAGGAGACUUUAAUUUCUCUUUCUCCCUACACAGGCUGUCCCUGCUCUCAAGACUGUGCCUUUGCUCUCACCUAGUAGGCUGUCACUAUAAUGCUGCCUGUGCUUUCCCUGCUCUCUCUCCCAGGUCCACCUCCAUCCCACAGCCAUGUCCUGCUAUGAUCUGUGCCGUCCCUGUGGGCCAACCCCACUGGCCAACAGCUGCAACGAGCCCUGUGUCAGGCAGUGCCAGGACUCCCGUGUGGUGAUCCAGCCCUCUCCCGUGGUGGUGACCCUGCCCGGACCCAUCCUCAGCUCCUUCCCCCAGAACACCGCCGUGGGAUCCUCCACCUCUGCUGCUGUUGGCAGCAUCCUGAGUGAGGCAGGAGUGCCCAUCAACUCUGGGGGCUUCAACCUCUCUGGCCUUGGUGGCCGCUACUGCGGCAGAAGGAGCCUGCCCUGCUAAAGCCAGGUUGGACGUCUCCAGUGAAUGCAUGGACCAGGAAGCCCAAAGCCAGGUGCCGGACUGAGGACAUUGCUGCUGGCCAGAGUUCCCAGAUGGGUUGAGCAUCCUUGUGUCCUCCUUCAAGGGAGGGAGACAAGCAAAGUGCCAGCCUGUGCUGUCUGGAAUCACAGCCAGCUGAUGUCUUCUUCUUCUCCUGCUUUCUUCUCCACACCAUGAGUCCCUGUUGCCUCCUGCUGUCCUGUGUCAUGGGUUCAUCCUGAAGCAACUGGAGAAGGUCCCUGCUCACCA